CGUGGAACGGCUUGCUACCGCGUCCGGGAUCCUGUAGAUGGGAAGGAGUACGCAAUGAAAGAUUGUUGGGUCGCUGAGGUGAAGAGAUACCACGAAGUGGAUGUCCUUGAGAGGGUCAAGGGCAUCCCUAAUGUGGUCCAACUCAUAGACCAUUGGGAUGUCCAAUUCAAUGGAAAGCCUGACUGCACAGCCCCCAUUCGGGAUGGAUAUGGUGCCCUACUUGGCGACAGGCCGGACAAGAGGUUCUGUAACAGGUAUCACCGGCACCUUCUCUUGACUCCAUGCGGAGAUCUGUUAUGGGAUUUUAGCUCCAGAAAGGAGCUGAUUUGCGCCUUUCGUGACUUCGUGGUUGCUCAUGAAGCAAUGAUCCAACAAAGAGUUCUACACGGAGACCUUAGCCCAAACAACUUUGUAAUUUCUGAAGGCAUCGGUUAUUUCAUUGAUUUUGAUCACGCGUCAAUC